AUGAACCCAUCAUGCAGCACAUCAUGGCACAAUCCCGCGCUUGGGCAGCCAUCUGGAGCCUGUCGGGAAGCAGAACUGACCAGACACUCAGACAUUCGAGGCUUGUUGGUAGGUGUGGGAGGGGCAAUGUGGGCGGGCGGCAAGACACUGAGACACCAGGCCAUUUUGCGACUCAAGGCCCUGGUACAGAACAAAAUCUGCAUUCCCGUACUGCUUAUUUUUUACUGCGUUGCCUCUGCCAUGUUAUGGCAAUGGUUGGGACCGAUGGUGUCAAAUGCAGGCGGAUACAGCGGCAGGCCAGAGAGUAAGGAGGUCCUUCCCUGGACGGACCAGUCCAGAGACCCGUCAGUCGCCAACCCAGAGUUGUCGAUGGCUCCACGGAACUGCAAGGUCCCCUGGAGGAUUCUCACGUUCUGCUGCUACUGUAGCUCUAAAACGUGCGUCAAGUCAUCUCUAUCCCGUACUCCGGAGCUGGGUCUCGACGUCUCUAAAACACUGGCCCGGGCUAGUGCUGGGCUGUGGCCCGUUUGGGUCCUCUUGUUGUUCUCCGUUGCUGAUCCCAGCCACUCUGCAUCUGACCUUAGCUACCUAAGGCACGUUGGGAACUCUGGGUACUUGGCUUUACUAGUGUAG